AUGGCUGCUCCGGACCUGCUGUGGGAGUGCGUGAAGAACAGCUCGUCCUUCAUCCGCAAGAACAAGAAUGUUCCCACCAUGACGGCUGAGCCAGGCAACCUUACUAGUCUGAACUCCUUCAAGUACAGUGGGCUUGCUGGCAAGCAGGUCUUGGGCCUGGAUUCCAAGAAGGUGGGGAAGAAGGAGUCCAUUGUCCUCACCACACGAAGCAAGAGGAAAGGCAGACAGCAGCGACCUGGCACCGUGCUGGUCACCACUGGAAUCAAGAAAGGCGCUAAGAAGGGCCCGGCGCAGUUGAAGAAGAUCAUCGCGGAGACCUACAACCGACCAGAGCUGCUGGAGAUGGCCCUGGCCAAGUAUGCCAAGAUCAAGAGGUCCUUCAAGAAGAAGGUGGCCUUGCAGUCUGUUCGCAGCAAGAAGUGA